UUUCAUACAACAAGCGUGGCGGAUUCGUAUAGCGAUAGCAGGCUGCUGAAAAAGUAUUCGAAAUAGAUUUAAAAUUAUAGUAAAAGUGUAUUUCUUAAAGCGUACUGUAAAAACGGUAUACAUAUAUAUAUAUAUAACUAUUAGAACAAAUACUCGAAUACUCCGUGGACUCCUGCUAUAAAAAGUAAAAGUUGAAAAGAAACAACUAAAAAGAAAAAAUGGUUAAAGAAACGGGCUAUUACGAUCUGCUGGGAGUGAAGCCCAACGCAACCCCUGAUGAGCUGAAGAAGGCCUACAGAAAAUUGGCGCUCAAAUACCAUCCAGACAAGAAUCCCAAUGAGGGUGAGAAAUUUAAAGCCAUCUCGCAGGCGUACGAAGUGCUCUCCGAUGCGGACAAGCGUCAAAUAUACGAUGAGGGCGGUGAGGCGGCCAUCAAGAAAGGUGGCGCUGAUUCCGGUGAUUUCCGCAAUCCAAUGGACUUCUUUGAGAAAUUCUUUGGCGCCGGUUUUGGUGGUGGCGGCGGCGGUCGUCGCCGUGAGCGACGCGGCAAGGAUGUAGUCCAUCAGAUGUCCGUUCAACUGGAAGAGCUGUACAAUGGCGCAACACGCAAGCUGCAGCUGCAAAAGAAUGUGAUUUGUGACAAGUGCGAGGGACGCGGUGGUAAGAAGGGCAGCAUCGAGAAGUGUGUACAGUGUCGCGGCAAUGGUGUUGAGAUUCGUGUGCAACAAAUUGCGCCCGGAAUUGUGCAACACAACGAGCAGGUGUGCCGAAAGUGUUCCGGCAGCGGUGAGACCAUACAGGAGAAGGAUCGCUGCAAGAACUGCAACGGACGCAAAACGGUGCGAGAGCGCAAGGUGUUGGAGGUUCACAUCGAAAAAGGCAUGCGGGAUGGUCAGAAGAUAGUAUUUACAGGCGAGGGCGAUCACGAGCCCGAAUCUCAACCGGGUGAUAUCAUAAUAUUGUUGGACGAAAAGGAGCACUCAACGUUUGUACAUGCGAACACGGAUCUGAUGAUGAAAAUGCCGCUGCAGCUGGUUGAGGCGUUGUGUGGCUUCCAGCGCAUCAUCAAAACACUUGAUGAUCGCGAUCUGCUUGUGGCAACGCAACCCGGUGAAGUUAUUCGACACGAAAUGACCAAAUGCAUUGCCGAGGAAGGUAUGCCCAUAUUCAAGAAUCCCAUGGAGAAGGGCACUCUUAUCAUCCAAUUUGAAGUUAUAUUCCCCGAUGUGAUCAAUCCAUCAGUUAUACCGACGCUUAAGCAGUGCUUGCCACCGGCGCCAGAGAUUGACAUUCCAGUUGAUGCGGAGCAUACAGUUUUGGAGGACUUUGAUCCCAAGCAACGUCGCCAGGAACACCAGCGCAUGGCCUACGAUGAGGACGAGGGUGGCUAUCAAUAUGGACCUCGCGUUCAACAGUGCACAUCCAGUUAAGCGGCCUACACUUAAAGCAAAAUAACUAACACAAAACAAAAGUAAACAAAAACCAUAAAACAAAAAAUCAAGAAGAAGAAAACAAAUGUCUGCAUCCAAUUCAAGGUGAAUCUGGAGAAUAUCCGCUCGCUCCCGCGUUCCAACUGUAAACCUAAA